AUGCACUCUUGUCAGCAUUUGUCUGAAAGUUUGAGACUCAGUCUAACCGUCUGUCUAUCCACUAAUCAGUGUCUGAAAAGUUGUGUCAUGUCUUCAAUAGGAAGUGAUGGUCGGGUGAGAGCGUUGUUUCGCGGAUCAGAUGCCGUGUGUUUUGAUGUGGACUCCACUGUGUGUAGGGAUGAGGCCAUCGAUGAGAUCGCGAAGUUUGCCGGCAAAGAGAAAGAAGUGAUGGAAAUGACCCGAAGAGCGAUGAGAGGAAGUUGUAGUUUUCGGGAGGCUUUGGCGCAACGCCUGGAUCUCAUUCAACCCAAUGUCCAAAUGCUUAAGGAUUACGUGCGGACACAUCCGCCGAGACUUACGCCCGGAAUUAAAGAACUGGUGAAUCUAUUACACGCCCGAGAAAUAGACGUGUAUUUGGUUUCCGGGGGUUUCUAUUCGGUGAUCGAAGGGGUGGCCAAAGAACUACACAUUCCCGUCAAGAAUAUAUUCGCCAAUCGAAUCAAAUUCUAUUUCGACGGAAGUUAUGCGGGUUUUGACGAAACAGAGCCGACGUCCCAACAGGACGGGAAGGCACAAGUGAUCGCAUACUUGAAGCACUUGCAGGGCUAUCAACGCGUCACUAUGAUUGGCGACGGAGUCACUGAUCUGGAGGCCUGUCCUCCGGGGGACGCAUUCAUUGGUUUCGGUGGAAAUCAGAUCAGAGAGCGGGUGAAGAAGGAGUCGAAAUGGUUUGUCACCUCUUUCUAUGAUCUCAUAGAAGAACUCAAUCGAAAUUGA